AUGACUUCUCCCGAGUCCAGCGUGAUCAUCGUCGGCGGCGGCGUGUUUGGUUUGAGCACGGCCCUGUGGCUCGCCCGAGGCGGUUACAAGAAAGUCACGAUCUUCGAUCGAUGCGCCUUUGAGGAAAACUUCUACGACCCUUCCAAUGGAUGUGACGGUGCGUCUGCGGAUAUCAACAAAAUCUUUCGGGCGACAUACGGAGCUCAAACCCACUCGCAAGAUCUUGCCCUGGAGGCCAAGGAAAUCUGGCUUCAGUGGAACAAAGAGAUCAGGAAUAGCCGUACUUGCGAUUUGCCGCAGCCCCUCAAGCCGGAGGAUGAAUUGCUUUUGAAUUGCGGUUUGUUUCAUCUGGCCGACGGGCCUGAGAUGAUCGACCGCUAUGUCGAGAAUCUUAGAGUGAUGGAAGAAACAGCACCUUCAUUUCGCGACCUGCAGUUUGUGAAGAACAGCCCAAAGGACGAAAAGCGAGCGACUGAGUUGGGCCCAGAGUGGGCGAAAAAGUACCAUCUCUUUGAUCGAUUCCGAGACGGUCGCACGAACGGAUUCCUGGACGCUGGUUCUGGAGUUACGUUGGCGGACAAGGCAUGCGUGUAUGCCCGGCACCUGUGUGUAAAAGCUGGGGUUAAAUUCAUCCUCGGCCGGCCUCAAGGUGAACUUGACCAAUUGAUUGUCGAGCGAUCACAGUCCAGCAAGCGUGUAACCGGGAUCAAGACGCGAGACGGCCGUGCGCACAAUGCCGAUUUCGUUGUGGUCGCCUGUGGACCUUGGUCCUCGUCCGUUAUCCCAGAGGCCCAUCGCUCUGUUGAGGCGACAAUGGGAACAGUCAUGUUCAUCGAUGUCCCUGAGGACAGACAGGAUCUGCGAGAGCGAUUUCAUCCCAAGAACUUCCCCGUCUGGCGAUUCUUGGAAGGCGAAGGCGAUGAUGCUUACGAAGGAGGUGGCUUUCCGAUCACCAAGGAGGGCAGACUCAAGUUUGGUUUCCGUGCUCGAAAGUUCACGAACUUUCAGGACCACCCGUCAGAAAAAUGCUUGCGCAUUUCAACACCUCGAACCAAGUACAGCCCAGAGCCCAUCAACACCGUGCCUCUUUACGGUCUUCAGCUCAUGAAGCGGGUCAUUGGUGGGCUCUUCCCAGAGCUUACUGAAAUCGGCUUCACUGAUAGUCGUCUGUGCUGGUACACGGACAGUAUCGACAAUGAGUUUGUCAUCGACUAUGUUCCCGGAUAUUCCGACACCCUUUUCAUCUGCACGGGUGGCUCCGGCCAUGGAUUCAAGUUUCUUCCUAUUCUCGGCAAGUAUGUCAAGAAUCAACUUGAACGAGUACCCGACCGCUUCACUCCUCUCUGGAAAUGGAGGAGUGUUGAGGAGGGCAAAAAGUGCAAUGGACUCGAGGAGGGAGAAUCAGGACCACGCGAGAUGUCGAAGCUGCGGCUGGCGAAACCGCAAGAUUUCAAGUUUUCGAUCAAGAGUACCUUGUGA